AUGCCCAAUAAAUCGAAAUGUACAGCAAAGUUCCCAAAUGUUAAGAUAUGGUGGAUAACAUUUGGAAUUAUCUGUGGAGCAACAUUUUUGACCCGUUUUUACAAAGUCUUAGAACCAGACCAUGUAUGUUGGGAUGAAACACAUUUUGGAAAAAUGGCUAGUUGGUACAUAAAUAGAACCUUCUUUUUUGAUGUUCAUCCACCAUUAGGAAAAAUGCUCAUAGCACUAUCUGGUAAAUUGACAGGAUAUGAUGGGAACUUUCCUUUCGAUAAACCUGGGGACAAAUAUGAUGGUGCUAGAUAUGAAGGAAUGAGAAUAUUCUGUGCGACGUUAGGUGCUCUCAUAAUACCAUUAACUUUUCUUACCUUAUGGGAAAUGACAAAGUCCAUAGAUUCCACUUUGAUCGGGACCAUGCUGUUACUUCUUGAUGUUGGCUUCCUAACUCUCAACCGCUAUAUCUUGUUGGAUCCAAUUCUUCUUUUCUUCAUGACCUGCUCCAUGUACGGCGCUUUUAAGGUCAGGUCAUUGACUGAAACAGGUACACCCCCCUUUGCCCCGCACAUGUUAUGCUGGCAAUUCUUCCUUGGUGCUUCUCUCGCCUGCACUAUGUCUGUCAAAUUUGUCGGUCUCUUCAUUGUCCUGUUCGUCGGAUUCAGGACUAUAGCAGACCUGUGGAAUGUACUUGGUGAUUUGACAAAACCAGUUAGUUUAACGCUAAAACACCUUAUCGGCAGAAGCAUAACAUUGAUACUGUGGCCUAUAAUUCUUUAUGUUUUCUUCUUUUGGAUACAUCUCACUAUACUCAGCAAGAGUGGCAGUGGAGACGGCUUCUACUCCUCCGGGUUUCAAGCGCGACUACAGGGUAACAGUUUAAACAACGCGAGUGCACCAAGGGUUCUGGCUUAUGGGGCGACAAUUACUUUGAAGAAUCAUCGUACUGGUGGUGGCUAUCUGCACUCUCACCAACAUCUUUACCCGCAAGGGGUUGGAGCGAGACAACAACAGAUAACGACAUACACCCACAAAGAUGAAAACAAUAAAUGGAUUAUAAAGCCUUAUGAUCGCGAAUCUGUUUCCGGUGUUGUUUUGGUGCGCAGCGGUGAUCUGGUGCGUUUGACCCACAUACCCACAGGCCGUAACCUACAUUCCCAUCGAGAGAAAGCACCACAGACCACAAAGUUCAUGCAAGUCACUGGAUACGGCGAGGAUGGAAUAGGCGACGCCAAUGAUGUAUGGAAGAUAAUUGUUUCAAAUGGUAAAGAUGACGACGAAAUACUGACAGUGCGCAGCAAACUCGUGUUCGUUCAUUACUUACAGUCAUGUGUGCUCACGACGACUAGCAAGCAACUACCGAAAUGGGGCUUUGAGCAGCAAGAAGUGGCAUGCAACCCCAACCUUCGCGACCCUAACGCUCUCUGGAAUAUCGAGGACAAUGUGUUCGAUGGAUUACCGAAAAUGAGUUUCGAAGUAUACGCAUCUGGUUUCAUCGAACGUCUUGUGGAAUCGCACGCGGUGAUGCUGCAGGGUAACUCUGGUCUUAAGCCGAAGGAAGGUGAAGUGACGUCACAACCCUGGCAGUGGCCAAUUAAUUACAGGGGCCAAUAUUUCUCGGGUAACGCUCACCGGGUCUACUUACUCGGGAAUCCUGUUAUCUGGUGGACCAAUCUGGCAUUCCUUCUUCUAUUCUUCUUCAUCUACAUUAUCAAUUGCGUUAGGGAGAAACGGGCUGAGGCUUUCGGAGGGACUGUUCCAGCCAAUGAAAACCGCUCGCUACUGAACGCUGCCGGAUGGUGCUUUGUGGGCUGGGCGCUGCAUUACGUCCCAUUUUGGGCCAUGGGUCGCAUUUUAUACUUCCACCAUUACUUUCCUGCUCUGAUUUUCAGUUCUAUGCUCACCGGUAUUCUAACGGAAUAUCUACUACGCAGCGUGCAGAGCUUCCUAAGCCCUGAGUUAGGCCGCGCCAUUUACCACUCCACUCUGGGUGUCAUAAUAGCGGUCACUGUCUACAGCUUCUAUUUGUUCUCCCCACUUGCUUACGGCAUGACUGGAGCAUCUCAAGAUGAUAACUCCACUAUGAGCAGCCUAAGAUGGCUUGAAUCUUGGGAGUUUUAA